GGUAUUAUCUUUACUCCUACUAGAGAACUGGCUCAACAAGUGACUAAGCACUUACAAAACGUUUGCAGCAUGCUACUAAAGAAGAAUCCAUACAUGAUAUUAUCGCUAACCGGUGGUUUAUCCAUACAGAAGCAGGAAAGAUUACUGAAAUACGAUGGCAGUGCCAGGAUCGUGGUGGCUACGCCUGGUCGAUUCUUAGAACUGAUUGAGAAGAAUGAGGAGCUCAUGAAAAGGUUUGCGAAGAUUGACGUUCUUGUACUUGAUGAAGCUGAUAGGUUGUUACAGGAUGGUCACUUUGAUGAAUUUGAGAAAAUCUUAAAGCAUUUGGGAAGAAUACG